GGAAUAUGUACACUAAACAAAAAAAUCAUAAUAAUAACUGUGCUACACUCACUGGCAAAAUUGAAUAAAAUUAAGUUAAAUUUUAGCAAAUAGGUCCACGAAAUAAAUUCGAAAUAAUAUGUGAAAAGUUUGGUUUCAAUAACAAUACACUUCAAACGAUGGCUGUGUCAUAGAAAAUAACAUUAGAAAUAAUAGUAUGAAAUUGAGUUGUGUGUACCAAGAAUUCCGAAGGGGUGAAAUGAACAGGUAUGAUCAUAGGAACAAAUGGGAGGAAUGAAAUGAGCAGGUAUGAUCAAAAAAAAAAAAAAAAAAGAAAAAAGAAGAAAAGGUGGAAAUCGAUACGGAGACGACGCUAGGUAUGGAGGGAAAGAUCGAUUCUGUGAACGACUUUCGACAACGACGGUUGAGUAAACUCGAAGGUGCUUCAAUAGAAGUAUAAAGUCUACGACAUGGCGCAGUCGGCAGGGAAAUACGUUCGUGCUCCACGAUACAUGGAGACGUCUGAUUCGUCGAUGGAGUUGGCUGAACAACUAGCGGAAGAACGAUCAUUACGAACUGCGUUAGCUAUUGAGCUUGAACAAUCACAAAAGGAAAAUGAAGAACUGAGGGCAAAUUUAAAUGCACACGAUGCUGGAAGUAAUCUUGAUAACCAUAAUUUCAAUUUUGACGCCCAAAAUGGGUUGUGCAGUACCCGACACUUGUUAUCCUAUCCUGGUACAUCAAGAAAUCUGGAGGAAUCAAGAUUUCUGUCUUCAAUGAACCAAUUAUCGGUAGCGUCGAUCAACGUACCGGAAUGUAAGGCAUCCGAUGAUGAACAAAUCCAUCGUCAGACUUUCGAACUGUGGAAAGAUUUGCUCAUCGAUUCAAUGAAAUUAGCGGGCAUCGAAGAUGAGGCGACUAUGUACACACUUUUCAACGUUAAGGCCGGUUCUCGCCUACUUGAGAUUUUCAGAAAUACCAAAUCUCAAGCUGAUGCACCAGAUUCAAAUUUGACACCCUUUUCCAACGUCAUGCAUCGUCUGAAAACUUUUUUUGGUUCUGGAUCGGACGUCAUGUUGAUGAGACGACGUCUGACGUUAAUGGUACAAAGAGUUGAGGAAUCUGAUCUAAGCUUCAUUGUAAGAGUUGGCUCAACAGCACGUCUAUGCGAAUAUGACGAUGAUAAAGAGUUCGAAGAAAUAGUCGCAACAGUUGCGGAACACGCUAGGAACCGGGACGUAAGGACCACUGCUUUGAAAAUGUUAAGCCGUAAAGGUAGCUUUACGGACCUUGUCGAUAAGGUUCGUGAACUGGAAGCAAUAAGACUGAACGAAGAGUACGUGUUGCAGAAACAUGUAAAAUCCGAAAAUCAAACUCAUGCUUUGAUUGCCCCGGUAAGAUCAUACCAGAACUGGGAAGCAAAUCGUUCCACCAGAGGAACUUCUUGGAACGUUCGGGGAAAUCCAGCUCGUCGAAGUUUCGUUCACAAUCAGAGAGGAAGAGGUACAUUUACAAGAACGUAUAAUCAGCCUCAACUUAACUCUCAGAGUAGUGAUAGGUGCUGGCGUUGUUUCAGUGUUUAUCACUCAGCAAACAUUUGCAAUGCUAAAGAUAAAAUUUGCAACAAAUGUGGAAUUGUAGGUCAUAUUCAACGAGCAUGUACAACAAGUGCAUACAAGCGCCCUGCAGAGAAUGGUUUAGAGACAAUCCCGGCCAAGAUAGCAAACGUCGAGAAGGUUGAAGAAUGUGUAUCCCCUAUAGAUCCGGUAAGUGUCGAAAGAGAAGAUUAA